GGUACUGGUACAGUCAGUAGGUGCGCAGCAGUACGCAGAGGUGAAAGCUCAGAGUGACAGUGUGUGUGAUCUCUCUCUCCUGCGUGAGAGAACAUGGGACAUAUUUGGAUAUCCGAGAGCAUUUACAGCACAAGCAAUAAUAUCCAGCGGUUCGGAUUAUCGUUUAAUCGCUCACCUUCCGCGCCUCGCCCCAGAACCGCCUGAUAACGCGCAGAGAUCCAUAGCCGAGCAGCGUGAAUUUACAUGAAUCUUUGCUAUUCAGAGAAAACGAGCCAUGAUUUGUGCCAGACGCGCUAGCAUCGGCUGCUCAAGCUAACUGAAGCGCGACUGUGGAUAUCUUCCUUUUGUCAGCCUAAAGUUUCUUUCUCACAUUUCAACAGAAAUAUGUUGUAAUUGUGAGGAGUUUAUGCUGGACUAGAGAAUUAUGGUAUAAAAUCGGCGUUAUACGCCUGUUGUUGACUCGCUAGGCUCAUAGCUAGUAGCGCUAGCCGAUGCUGUUACUCCAUCUGAACAUCGGCUCGUCUUUAAUGUGUUUUAAUUAGUGUUACAAUAACAAAUAUACAUUCUUAUUAGUAAUAUUGUCAUAACCGUGCAGGUGGUUACUAGAUAAAAUUGUAAUGAGAUUAUUUCUUUGUGUUGACAGCUUUGGAGGCGCAUGCUAACAAUGCACUAGCUCGAUAGCUCAAUUGCUUUUCUGUUAUAGCAAUAACUUGCCAUGAUGAAAUAUUUGUUUUGGUAAAUGUUUUCCAGAACUUUUUAUUUUGUAUCAUUAACGAUGAUUUGAGCUUGUGUGAAGACAUGCAAACAACCUAGCUGUUCAGUUUGCCAGCCAUUGAAGCAUUUGUACAUUUAUAUUAUUUUAAGACUGGAAGAGUGAAUACGGCUGGGCAUUUUAAAGAUUAAACACUUCUAGAUCUGGACUGGAAGGGUGGGAAAUAGUUUGAUUUUCGUGUGUCUGCAGAUUUGGCCUUACGCCCUUUCAAAGAUAGACCUGACACAAGAGACUCACAGACCCCCGGAGCUCUGGAGGAAUCAGGGUCCAUCUUUGGCAUCAGAGAGGGACACACACAGUUGUCUCCUGUUCUUUGCUCUGACUCUGGCUCUGAUGUGAGCAAUCAUGGGCACCCAGGGCAGCCCUGUGAAGAGCUACGACUAUCUGCUCAAGUUCCUUCUGGUGGGAGACAGUGAUGUGGGGAAAGGAGAGAUCCUGGACAGCCUUCAAGACGGAUCUGCUGAGUCUCCAUAUGCCUACAGCAGCGGAAUCGACUAUAAGACCACCACAAUCCUGUUGGAUGGGAGGAGAGUGAAACUAGAGCUUUGGGACACCUCGGGACAAGGCAGGUUCUGCACCAUUUUCAGGUCGUACUCCAGGGGAGCGCAGGGGAUCCUGUUGGUGUAUGACAUCACCAACCGCUGGUCUUUUGACGGGAUAGACCGCUGGAUCAGGGAGAUUGAUGAGCAUGCACCUGGUGUACCCCGUAUUCUUGUGGGUAACCGGCUGCACCUGGCAUUCAAGCGACAGGUCCCCACAGAGCAGGCACGGGCGUACGCAGAAAAGAACGGCAUGACGUUUUUCGAAGUGAGUCCCCUCUGCAACUUCAACGUCAUCGAGUCGUUUACAGAGCUGUCGCGUAUUGUGCUGAUGAGGCAUGGCAUGGAGAAGUUCUGGAGGCCUAACAGAGUAUUCAGUCUGCAGGACUUGUGCUGCCGUGCCAUUGUGUCCUGCACCCCUGUGCACCUAAUCGAUAAGCUGCCGCUUCCUGUGGCCAUCAAGAGCCAUCUGAAGUCAUUCUCCAUGGCGAAUGGCAUGAAUGCUGUUAUGAUGCACGGACGGUCCUACUCACUAGCCAGCGCUGCUGGAGGCAGCAAAGGCAACAGCCUCAAACGCUCGAAAUCCAUCCGGCCGCCUCAGAGUCCACCACAGAACUGCACCAGGAACAACUGUAAGAUCUCCUAGCCUCCGGGCACAGGGGCGGGGCCGCCCCCCUCCCUUAUAUAACACUCAGGUGCACGCGGACAAACACAUAAGGAAAUCAACACGGGGCUGGGCUGAUGGCGCAACAGAGGUGUGGCACCUCCCGGUGUGGGGAGAGCAGGAUGUGAACAAACACUUCCUGUCGCUACAGACGGCUAUAUUUCUCCCCUCACAUUGCUGCAGUACAGUUGGUUCCUCACUCACAGAUCGUGAAUAAAAACAAACCCUUCAUCAGACUCUUUGAUUUUGUUGCAGUGACCACUAGCAGCAUAUUUCCUACUGUGUUAGCGCCCUCUGCUGGAGAAUACAUGCAGGUCAAACCCUGCAUUAGCUGAGAGGCCUCGUUUUGAAGUUGUUUUAUGGGCUUAUAUUUCGCUUUGGUUGUGUUCUCAUUUGCAUAUACUCAUUAUCCUCAGUGCUCUGCAUAUGGUGUUCCUCUUUUUUGCUCUUUGCAGGGGCCUGUUCUCCCUGCAAAAACUGAAGUACCUCGGUCACAUGGUCUUGCAUGCUUACCAACAGUGAGAGAGGGCUGAUGCGAAAUGACUUGUAGUGCUUACAUAUGAACUGAUGUAUUAAAAAUGUGAUUUGCAUUGCAAA